UUUCCAUUCCAUUUAGAUGUGUAUUUCUCAAUACAGUUAAUCUUAUCGUUAAAAGUAGAAGUUAUUUUUUUUAAAUUAUUUUUAAAAAUAUAGAGUUAUCCUAGGUUAGUUAGAGUUAAUACAGUUAUGUUCGGUUUUCCCUCUAUUCAAAUUUCAAAUAUCAAAAAAUUUUUUAAUAAGAGUCAAAGUUAAACUGAAUAAUAUUCGCAAUUUAUAUGUUCAAUAUAAAAAUAUUUUAUGAAUUUAUGUAUAUUAAAAAGAAGAAAGUUUAAAGGUCAGAAAAUGCGACAAAUAAUUGAUGUACCAUAUUGAAGAUAAAAACAACGUAAUACAUUCUUUCAAAUUUUCAAUAGUAGUAAAACUUACGACUGCAAUAAAUCGACAUACACACAUACCAUCCUAUAAGAAAAUUAUCUGUUUUAAUUGAGAGGCUACUGAAAGAAGAUAAUAUACCGUGUACUUUUAUACAUACUUAUGUACGUGUACAUAAAAACAUAUUUUCAUUACGUAUAUGUGCGUGUAUCAGCACUAAAAAAGAUUCCAGUAUAAUAUUUUUUAUAUAAAGGUACACCGUAUUAUUUGUUUAACUUUUGGAUCAUAUUAAGGAUAUAAAAAUAAAUUUUGUUAUAAUACAUAAUAUUGUUGAUAUAAAUAAAUUUUAUAUUCAGCUAUGUCCUUUGCCUUAUAAAUUAAUUUAUUCUCUUCAAAAAUUUUGCAGACGCUGAAAUCUCUUAUUAUAUUAAUCUCUUAAAAUCUUUUAUAACAUUUUUCAGACUUUUCUGUUCUGUAUCACUUAUAUUGUAUAUGAAACUCACCACAAAAUCAUAUUUUCCCCACAACAUGUCCUAUCCAAUUUGAGAUAUAGAAUCACAAAAUUCUUACUAUAGAUACAAAAUAAUAUUUUCCUCUUCUGCAAAAAAAAGUAAAAAAAAAAUUAAUUUACAUCUAGCAGCACGAAAGUUGAGAAUCUCUAUAACAAAAAAAAACAAAAUGGGAAAAGAGCACGUCCUUUUAUUUCGUAAAUUUUAUAUUUCCUUUCGUGUUUAAUUGUUCUUCUUUUCUUUGUUUUUGUUCGUGAAAUCUCCUUUUGCAGAUUUUAUGGAGCAAAUUCCUAUGAAAUUAAAAUUAGAAUUUUCAGUCUGAAUUUCAAUCGGGCGAUGUAAGGACGAUAAAGAAAAAAUUCCUAUAUACGUGUGUAUAAUGUCGCAAGACGCCUCAGAAAUUUUUUUCUUUUAGAAAAAAAAAUAUACAAUUGUACAAAGAAAAACCAAAUUGGAUUUGUAAUUUUCUUUUCAUUUCAUCAAAUUAUGAAAUUUUAUUGAUAUCUUAAAAAUGAAAAUUUUUUAAAAAUUGGUGAUGAUAUCAAUUUCAAUAUGAAAAAAAAAAAUUUAUUAUUAAAGAGCAAAAAUAAACGUGGGAUUAACAUAAUGAUUCGAAAUCGCGUUCAAACAAAAUUCAAAUUUGUUUAAGUAUACAAAAAAAAAAAAUUAUGUAUUAAUUUUUUCUCAAAUUGUGCUAAAAAUAAAUUAAUAAAACUAAAAGAAAAAUCUUAGUAUAAGUGUAUUAUAUGUUUAUUAUACGUUAGUGUUAAUGGAAUAUAGAACGAAGAAAAGAACAUUCAACAAAAACCUAUUAUUAUAAAGAAUUAUACAUUAAUUAAUGCUCAAUAAAAUACCGCGCGCCUGGAACUAUGCAAUUAUUUCAAUAUAUUGCCUAUAUAGUUCUGAAUAAUUUUUAUUUCAAUUGAUACACCAACAAAAUGCAAAUGAAAGAGAAAAGCAAACAAAAAUAGUUAUAAAAAUUACAAUGAUACAGCUAUAUAUACAUAUGUAAAAAAAAUUUGUUAAUUAUAUUAGGUUGUGUAUACAUGCAAAAAUAUUAAACAAAUACAAAAAUGAACAUAAUAAUAAUAAUAAUAAAAAGAAAAAUUUAUAGUUACAAAAUAAAAUGAAAAAUAUAUACAAAAUUUGUUGAAAAUACUCAAAUCAUUAAAGAUAUAUAAAAGGACCAACCAAAUAAAUGAAAACAAAUUAAAAAUACCCAAAAAUAUAUUAAAGGGAUAUUUCAUUUGUGUGUGAAUGAAAACGAAUUUUUUAAUUUAAAUCAUUUAGUAGGUUUUAUAAUAGCAGUAUAUCUGUAUAUACAUACAUGUACAUAUUUAUUCGUAGAAAAAUUUGUACAUACUUUAUUUAUAUAUAUACAAACAAAUAUAUUUAAUAUAAAUAUAAUAAUAUUGUUAAAAUGAAAUGUGCAAAAAUUAACCAGCAUAAGAAUAAUUUAUUUUAACGUUUAAAUGACACAAUCUUAGUGUUGAAUUUGACUUUGAAAGAAACUAAAAGUGGUUUAGAAAAAAGAUAUAAAAUAGUUUGGUUAAAAUGUUUGGAAAUCUAUAAUGAAAAAUAAAAAAAACUAAGAUUAAAUCAGCACGACAUGCUGAUUCUUUGAUUAUUAUAUGAUGGAGACAUUCAUUGUUCUCGGGCUAUGUUUUAUUCUGUAUGAAGCAUUAGAAUUUUUACAAGGAUGCAUUCAUAGCGCAGCACCAUCAACCGUAAAUCAAUUACGUGAAUCUUAUGCUCGACAAUUUGGUUGUAGUGAUGAACAUUUAUUAGAUGAUAGUCAAGGCUGCUCUAUAUCAAAAGUGGUAGCAGAUUCUUCAACCCUAUUAUCAAAUAAAUUAUUAGAAUCCAAAUCGUCUUUAUCUCUUUCAACCUUAACCAUUAUUGAUAAUAAACAAAUACAACUACAGCAGCAACAGUGUCAACAACAACAACAACAACAACAACAAUUACUACAACAAAAACGACAACAGCAUCAAACUAAUAAUAAACAAAAUUCAACAUUUUCAUUACACAAACUUGCAACAUCUUGUACAUCACCCAGUUUAGAAAGUGUUAUCGAUCCUUUAGAAAUAUCCUCAAAUCCUGAAUUAAAUUCUACUGAUACAUAUUUUUCAAUACCGGCAACAACAUUAUCUUCAACAGCCCCAAUACUUUCGAAUACAUCAAUAUCACAACAAAAAGAAAUUCAACAAGAAGAACAUCAGCAUCGUUUACUACAUGAACAAAAACAAAAAAUUCGUAAAAAUCUAUCAGCAUCAUUAAAAAAUUUUCGAAAUUCAUCAAUAGAAAAACGUUCUAUUAUUGCUUCAACAGAUUCAUUGAGUUCGAAUACACCAAUACUUGUACAUAAAGAUUAUAAAAAUAUUAGUGAUACACGUAAUUUAAAUUUUUUAUCAAAAUUAUCUUCAUCAACAUCAGAUCAUAAUCGUGUUUAUCCAUCAACAUUAUCAUUAGAUCGUGUCGGUGUUGGAUUAAUACAAUUACCAACAAAAACUAUUGGAGCAAAAUCUAUUAUAGAUAAGGGAAUACAAUUACCAUCAUCGAAUACAACAUCUACAACAACAAUUACUGAUGGUGGUACAUCAUCAUCAACAAUUAUAAUUGAUCCAACAUUAAUUACUAAAAAUAAUAAUUCUGUUAUUAAUAUUUUACAAAAAGCAGCACAACAGCAACAACAACAAAAUAUUACAGAAAUUCCAAAACUUGUAGAAUUUAGGCAUCAUACAAUAGUCAAUGACGAAAAAAAUUUUAAAGAAUUUCAAGUUGCUGAACGUAAUCGAAUAAAUAAUUUUAAAAAUAAUUUAACAACUAAUAGUAAAAAUUUAAAUUCAAGUUCUUGUUAUAAUAUAAGCGAUAAUUAUAGUAAUAAUAAUAAUUUUAUAAAUAAUAAAAUUUCAUUUAAGGAUAACGAUUUAGUGAAUGGUUUAGUGUCAACUGCUAUUGAAAAUAAUGAAAUUAUAAUGCCAAAACGAGUAACAACAAAAUCUGUUUUUAGUAUUAGUGAAAGUUUAGAUUUUCAAAUUUAAGACGACAAAAAAAAUAAAAUUAAAAAUAUACAAAACAAAAUAACAAAAAGGAUAGAAAAUUUUAAAUGCACUUUGCCCGUUUAUCUAAAAAAUCCUUUUAUGUUAAAAAUAUUUUAAUAAAAAAUAUUCAUAAUUGAAUAAAAGUUAAAAAAAAGGAAAAAGAAUUUGUUUUUGUAUGUGAAAAAUUUAAUAUCAAUGGAAAAAAACGGAAACAAAUAUUUGGAGCAUUCUGUUUUUUUUUUUAUUAAAAAAUGAAGUUUUCGUGAAUUUAUUAAAUUUUUAAAAUCAAAGAUAAAGUAUAUUGAAGCAAAAAAAUUAAAAUAAGAAAAAAAAGAUAGUCAAAAUGGUGGAAGUGAGAAAGAAAUAAAAACAAAAACAAAAAAUAAUAUUAAAAGAAAAAAAUUAAUUGAAUUGUUUUUUAAUGCACAUUCAAAUGACCCUGAGAAUUUAAUAAAAAAAAAAAACACAUAAAAAAUUUAACAUAACCAAAACACAGCAAAGUAAAUAGCGUUAAAAGUGAUGGAGUGGAAAUAAAAUAUUCCGAAAUAAAUGAUAGAAAUUAAAAAUUAUUAUUUAAAAAAAUAAAAGAAUAAUGUAAAACAACCCAAUAUUAUUGAAUGAGAAAAAAAAUGAAUCUUGUGUGAAUAAAAUAUUAAAAAAAGGAAAAAAAUACGAAAAAAAAAUCAUAUAAAAAAUUUAAAAAGAAUUUGAAAAAGAAAAAAAUUAAUGAGUAGGUUCUAAAACGAAAAUUAAAUAAAAAAAAUAAAAAAAAAAAAAUAACAUUAAAAUUGAUUACAAUUUCUAUAUAUUUUUGUAAUAAAAACGCAAUGGACUCGCUUGAAAGGUUAAUGCGUGCGGCACCUUUGCCACGUGCUUUAACAACUGCUACUAAAGGAAACCAACGUGCCCUAGUUCAUGCGUCAUUAGCUACGGCUGUUGGUCGUAAAGGUCGUCAUUUAACUGGAACAUUUUGUUUAACCGGUGAUACUAUGGAGGGGAUUAUUCAGUGUUUGGUUUUUCUUAAAGCGUUUUCGGUAAGUCCAAAAAGAGUGCAUUUGCAGUGGUUUGAAAAAUCAUGGGGUUAUAUACAGUUUAUGGUCAUUUAACAAGUGUUUCACUUCAAAAGAGGAUAUCAGAUUUGGGCAUCAUGGGUACUGUUCCCUGCUAAGAGGAUUUUUAAUAUAAGAAAAUAUUUAAUAAAGAUUAAUAAAGUACGAGUAAUUUUAUCUAUUUUGGACAUAAAGGAAAAAGAUGUAUUCAAAUUACACAUAUUUCACAAUUUUAUAUUAUUAUACAUUUAAUUUUAAUGACAUUAAAUUCUAAAUUAAAAAAAUUGAUAAAAAUUGUAUAAAAAGCCAAAUAUCGGAAAUUUAGGGGUUAUAGCUACUCAAGAACUAUAAGGAAUGAAAAAAAUUCAUAUAUUUAUGCACAUAGUAAAAUACAAUAUCUAUUUAACGUGUCUCUGUUCUACAAAUAAAAAUAAGUGUUAAUCGUCUUUUAAUAAAAUUUUGAUUUUGUGUGUUAACUCAAGUUUCUAUAUUCUAGAAAUUGAGUUGCAAUAAAUUUAAACAAAAUUAAACACAUUAUUAAAUAUACAGGGUGAUCAGAAAAUACAAAAUCAAGUAAUAUUUUGCCUUCAACUCCUGUACUAGCUCUUUAAAACUGUUUAUUUAAAGCCCCUAUCUUUUUCGGAAGGGAAGUUAUAAUUAAAAAAGUUUGUAUAAGUAGAAAUUUCGUGGAAAUUCUUUAAAAUCCCUGUAUUUCACAAGCCUUCAGAUUUCGCACAUAGUCCGGAACAGAAGUUUUAUCAAUUUUCGAUCAUCUAACC